AUGUGUGUUGGAUGAAUCCAGCGAAACUGCUUUCUCGGUGUAAGUGCACGUUAAUUGAAGCAAGCUAGUGAUAAGGUACUGAAGCGUUAUCGCAGUGCUAUUGUCAGUUUAGUUCUCCUCGCUUCCCCGAGCAACUGAUAUAACCACAAACGGCGCUUCUCGUUACGCCUGCUUAUCAGUAUCUUUUUGAUAACUAGAGUAGUCAGACCUCAGCUAGACCGGAGUACACAGAACGUUACAUACGAAGGUAAGCUGACGGACGCGCGUCAUGACGGAUACGAUAGUAUCCGUCGCCGUGGCGAUUGGCGAGGAGCAGAUCUUGGCGAAAAUCGACAGGAGUCAUCCAUUGGAACAAAUAAUAGAAGAACUAUGCUUGGCUCACGGUCUCUCUACGGAAUCGGAUAAAUACGCUCUUCAGAUCGCCAGACCAUCGCCAAAGGCUGAAGACCCUACCCUGGCAAAUAAAUACGUCACAUCCGAUCUGAUUGAUCAGGUCUUAAACGGGACUGAAUUACGGCUGGUCUUUUCGGCAAAGACAACUGCAAACAUUCUUCUAGAUGCCAUUCGGGACGCUGGUCCUGGUUUACGGAGAAAAGCUGCUAUUACAAAACUAGCUACUGCAUGCGAGGAUCCCGAAUUCGCACGAUGCUUCGUUGAGAUCCGCGGUACCGACUUGAUUAUUGAUAUAUUGCGAACUGCUGGUUCAACUGAAACCACUGCGGUUCUUGCUUGUCUGAGACUCUCGAUGCAGCAUGGCCACUUGAAGAAAAUGAGACUUCUAGGACUGGACAGAGUGGUAGCGGAAAUUGCUGGUCCGGGUGAAAGCAGUGCUCUACGUGAAGCGUUAUCUAUAGGGUGUCUCAUACUUGCUAAUGGCAAUGACGACGAACACCCUCGGUACUUGCGACAAGCAUUGAAUACUUGGGAAACCCUGAACUUGAUUGCAGGAAGAUCACCUGGCGUUCAGGUUGCCAUUUUGGGCAUGGUGAACGGACUGUUACUCUCAGCAGAAUCUGAACGAAGGAAUAAUGAUUUACAAAUUUUAUCAACAGUUAAGGCACGUAGGAUAAUAUUCAGACAUGUGCUUGGAUCAGGUCAGAAGCAGUUGGAGUACGACUUGGCUCAUCAGCUGCAUGUACUGCAGACGUUAGUCCUGAAUUAUAUGCUCGAUGUGAACGAACGAGAUGAAAUAGAAUCCUGCGACCUGGAGGACAUCAAACCAGCUAGGAUAUCCUGGCGUUCAGCCAGCACCGAGACGCUUCUAGCUGAUCUAGGAUCUUUAUCCGCAAGUCAAUCAUCCACCAGAUUAUCCUGGACGAUCAGUCUCGAUGGCUGCGAACCGCAAUAUAUGCCGUCGUCGCCAACGCCUACGGCCAAACCAAUUCCCGCCUUGAGAAAACAUUUUUCCCGCAGCUUCAGUAGCGACGGUGCUCCGGUGAGUCGUUUGGCGCUUGACUGUCUUAAAUAUUUUUCAAAUCGUUAUCGCGAUAGUUAUGUUCUGGCUGUGGGGGAGGCUGAGUUAACCUUAGGGAUAACCCGGAUAGCUCAGGACGUCGUGAAGAUUUUAUGCGAAGUUUUACAUAUUGGUAUUAGACACAGUCAGACCUCGGAUCGAUUCAGUCCCAUCUUCUUCGCUGCGCGGGAUCCCUUCUUCGAGGAACUCUUCUGCCAUGCUGUCUGGACCCUGGGCCGUACUCGACGUGACUUGAAGGCCAGGGAACCUGCAGAUCAUGAUGUGGCCCUUUCCGUUCUACGUCGUCAGCUGGAAGACGCUCUUGCUACUAGAUCCACUACCUUGAACAACUUGGCUGACACCUUGCGUGACAUCAGUGCAGCUAAGAUACAGGAUGCUUGGAUGGUGGAACGAAAUGAUGCUUUUGAGCUGGUACUCCAGGAACAUCCUAGUGUCCUCGAGAUACGGAACAGUGUACGACCGGAAGCGGAGAGGCUGGUAAUUUUGCAAAGACUGAACGCCAUCAAGGUUGGACAUACUUUCCCAAGGAAUUUGGACACUUUGAAGAAAGCGAAAAACUGGUGGUUCGCUCAUUUAUCUGAGGACGAGCGCGCUAUUAUCUACGGCGACUGGAAUGCGGAUGUACAUAAUUAUGCGAGUCUUCAGAAACGAAUCAGCAUAGCUUCCGCUACUGGCCUCGCAACCAGAAAACGAUGUCCGCACUCCAAGGGACGGAAAUUCAUAGAGGAUGCGUUAUUUUUUUCGCUCCUUUACGAAGGAGGUUCACUGGACUUCAUCGCCCCAACCCGGGAGAUCUACCAUAUAUGGACGGACGCCCUACACUAUCUCUUAGGUCGCAACGUUGAGAGCCUUGCCUUCAGGGACGAUGUGGAAACCAUUGUGGACAUGGAAGUGAGACUCAAGUUAUUGGAGCUCGGUGACGUCAGCGUCCCAAUACCACUGGAACCACCUCCGGUACCAGCGGAUCCAGAGAAUUAUGAGUUCGCAAAUGAGACUCCUACGUAAAGCCAACUAAAUAUUCACCGUGUACGACCGAUUUGGGAUUUGGAGCUCAGUGGAUGGCGAUUUUCCCAAGAUUGAAUAUCAGACGUUCGUUUCUUUGAGAGUUACUGAAAGCUGUCGCCCUCCCGCUACUGAAGCUCCUCCAGCUUUCUAUGCUCCAGGAGUUGCUGGCACUGGAACGGGGGUUGUAAAAAUGUGAAGGCGCCAGGUGGCGAAUAACACGUGCAUUUGUAUUCAGAUGUAUGCAGAGCCGAAGAAAGUUCCCCUACGCCCUUCUCUCCUUUAAUAUAAAAGUGUAACUACGGGAAUAUGCUAAAUUGGCUAAUAAUGCUCGUGUUCUUGCGGAGAAAACGCUUUGCCGGGUUUUGCACUGCUUUCCUGUGAAUUUCAAUUCUCCCUCCUGAUAUACAGCCUCUUUCUAUAGGUUCAUCGGUCCCCUUUGCCUUACCCCAUUUCUAGUCCUAUACAUCCUAGCUUUUAUACCUUUGACCCUUAUUACGUCCUCUCACAAAACAGUCUUGCCUUUGCUAUUAUUCAUUUGUUAUGUCUUCUUUUUUCUCUCGCUCUAUCUGCUGCUCCAAAAAUCAAAAUAACAUCUGCCCAUGGUGUGGAAUCAACUCGGACAAUUAAAAUGGAAGUAAUCGAUGAACCAGCCAACUUUCAUCCGAUUCUGCAGGAAUGUCGCCUCCUCUAUUUUCACCAAGUUUUCAUUUUCAUUUGUCGACGCGAUACGCUAGCUGCAUAAACAGUUAGUCCAAUUACCAAACAAUAAAUUCUAAUGAGCCAUCCCCGUCCUGUCGAUUUUAAUUGGGACAACAAUUUAACUCGUGGCAAUUAAAUGUAAUCGGUAAAUUAAUGGACAUUCAAUUUAUUUUACGGUACAGAAAGAUCAAUAAUCCUAUAUACAGAAAUUGCAAUCUACCUUGGAGUCACAUAUGUCCAAUUCCCUGUCGUAUAUUUCCAACAAUGAAAAUCUGGAAUCGACACAGCUCAAAAGUAUUUCUCUUGGUAAAAACUCAUCUAACGAACGACAAGAUUUUUCAUUGUAGAUUACAGUAAUUCUGUUUCGUCCCUCUCUCUCUCUCUCUCUCUCCCUUUCUUCUUAUCCUCUCAAACGUAUUCUACAUGUACAGCCAAUGUAUACCACCACUUCCCAUUUUACAAAUUUCCAUACAAAACGGAGGAUAAUAACGAGCGCAAUUGUUAUUGUCUGAAACGAAAGUAGGGUGUUCCUCCUCUCUCCUUCUUCUACUUUCUUUUCCGUUUCACUCUCUUUCCCUACUUCCUCACUCACUUCUUCAGCAUCCAUCCAGUCUCUUUCCCUACUUCCUUCUCUCCUUACCACCCACGAGCUACCACUUUGAAACCUCCAGCCGUUAUUUAACGCGCUCGUUUAAGAUUAUUACGCAAACCGAGAGUGCACCCUUCAAUUUCAACGAGUUGCAAGACGUUCGUAAUUACAUUUCGUGAAGUAACAUUGCGACGAAGCUGCCAUUUUCCAAAGUAGCGUCAAAGAACUCAUCAAUUUUUUAU